UUCUUGCGUGGAGAAUCCCAGGGACGGGGGAGCCUGGUGGGCUGCUGUCUAUGGGGUCGCACAGAGUCAGACACGACUGAAGUGACUUAGCAGCAGCAGCAGCCAUCCAGUUUACUGAAAAUUGCAAAAAUUUGUUCUUUUUAAUAGCUGAGUAAUAUUCCACUGUACCAUACCACUUCUUCUUUAUCCAGUCAUCUGUCAAUGGACAUUUAGUUUGCUUUCAUUUUUUGGCUAUUGGUAAUAGUGGUGCUAUGAACACUGAGGUGCGUGUGUCUUUUCGAAUCAGUGUUUUUGUUUUUUUGGAAUACAAGGAGUCAAAUUGCGGGUUAAGUGGUAGUUCUAUAUUUAGUUUUACACAGUGGCUGGACCAAUUUACAUUCCUACCAACAGUGUAAUCUCUUAUGUUCCAGUCACAGUAAAUUUUAGUAUCUUAGAAUUUUUUAAUUCUUCAAUGGAAGCAAGUAUUCAAACUUUUUUUCAUCUUUUAUCGUCUCUCCCUGUUGGAUAUUCUCUCCAAAUUUAAGGAUGUUUGUUUUAUAUUGUUUUUAUCUGAAAAAUUGUGCCUUUCUACACGAGGAGUGCUUGCAGCAAUGGAAACCCACUGUGUUUUGACUGUAUCAGCUUUGAUAUUCUGGGUGUGACCCUGCAAGAUAUUUCCAUUGUGGAAAAAUGGAGGGAGUGCCUGUCUAUCCACAUUGGCCAGGCCGGUGUCCAGAUUGGGGGUGCUUGCUGGGAGCUCUAUUGCCUGGAACACGGAAUCCAGCCAGAUGGUAUUGUUCCCGAUGGCGGUCAGGAUCCGCUGGCACCUGCUAAAACAGAGCCCAUGGGUGCAUCUUUCGAUUCCUUCUUUUGUGAGACCAGAGCUGGGAAGUAUGUGCCCAGAGCACUCUUCAUGGACCUGGAGCCUACUGUCAUAGACGAGGUGCGUGCAGGCAGCUACCGCUCACUCUUCCACUCUGAGCAGCUCGUCAGUGGAAAAGAAGAUGCUGCAAACAACUACGCCCGAGGUCACUACUCUGUGGGGCCAGAGAUCCUCGACCUGGUGCUGGAGAGGAUCCGCAAGCUGGCAAAACACUGCAGUGGGCUUCAGGGGUUUCUGAUCUUCCGAAGCUUUGGAGGAGGCACUGGGUCGGGAUUUACGUCUCUCUUGUUGGAGCAGCUCUCCGCAGAAUAUAGUGGCAAGACUAAAUUGGAGUUCUCCGUCUAUCCAGCCCCCAGGAUCUCAACAGCUAUAGUGGAGCCUUACAACUCCAUCCUCACCACCCACCCCACCAUAGAGUACGUGGACUGUACCUUCCUGGUGGACAACGAGGCCAUCUACAACAUCUGUCAUGGCAAACUUGACCUUGAACGCCCCUCUUAUGCCAGCAUCAACAGGCUGAUCAGCCAGGCAGCAUCUUCCAUCACUGCCUCCCUCCGGUUUGAAGGCAUCCUGAACGUGGACCUGAUCGAAUUCCAGACCAAUCUGGUGCCUUACCCACGGAUACACUUCCCAGUGACCAGCUUCGCCCCCAUCCUGUCCGCCGACAGCAACCACCACAAGGAGCCGUCUGUGUUGGACAUCACAGCUGCAUGCUUUGAGCCCUCCCACCAGCUAGUCAGGUGUGAUCCUCGCCUGGGGAAGUAUGUGGCCUGCUGCCUGCUCUACAGAGGGGAUGUGGUCCCCAAGGAGGUGAAUGCGGCGAUUGUGGCCACAAAGUCCAGGAACUCUGUUCAAUUUGUAGACUGGUGUCCGACUGGAUUCAAGGUGGGCAUCAACAAUCGACCCCCCCGGGAGGUGCCAGGAGGGGACCUGGCUGAGGUCCAGCGGGCAGUCUGUAUGCUGAGCAACAGCACGGCGGUUGCAGAGGCCUGGGCCCGUCUGGGCCACAAGUUUGAUCUCAUGUUUGCUAAGAGGGCAUUUCUGCACUGGUACAUCAGGGAGGGCAUGGAGGAAGGCGAGUUUGCAGAGGCCAGGGAGGACUUGGCGGUCCUGGAGAAGGAUUAUGAGGAAAUGGGGAGAAGUCUUUGAUGCAGAUCUGACCGGUAACAAUGAAUGCUGAGUUGAAGUGUCACGCUUUAUGUUUCAAGGCUAGAGUUCCCUUGAUGAGAAGAAAAAGGAAAUUAAGUCAAGCAAGACCCCAAGUUCCAUGCUCAAUCAAAUGGGGGUCAACAUUAACAGUAAGCCUGGACUUCCCUGGUGGUCCAGUGGUUAAGAAUCCAUCAGCCAAUGCAGGGGACACAGGUUUGAUCCCUGAUCUGGGAAGAUCCCACAUGUCGUGGAAAAUAAAUAAUUAAACAAAUAAAAUACUAACAACGUACCACUUUGCCUAUUUUCAGCUCACACUGUUGUUGCCACAGAGGACAAUGACUGCAGUUUGGUGGAAGUGUUUAUAAACACACACUUUUCACUGUGUUCUCAUACACUCCAAUCAAGCUAGACAGCUUGCCCCUUCCCACGUUUUUCUCUUUCUUGACUGCUUCUCUCUCUCUCCUCUCUCACUUUCUUCUCCCUGCUUUCUCUUUUCUUUCCUUCUAUGACUGUGGGGUAUAAUUCCAACUUCGAACCCACUUCAGGUGUCACCUAUUGCAUGUAGCCUCUUUGGAAUUCACUUACUUUAACCCAGAAUACAGGGAGAGUGAAGGUACACUGUGAAGUUUCCCACUGUGUUGAAAAUACUCAUAAAAUAUAUUUUUUCAUGUAAAUAUCAUAUAUAGUAAUUUGAACUUUUAUUAGGCUGGUUCCAAAUUGGGAAAGGAGUACGUCAAGGCUGUAUAUUGUCAUCCUGCUUAUUUAACUUAUAUGCAGACUGCAUCAUGCAAAAUACUGGCCUGCAUGAAGCACCAGCUGUAAUCAAGAUUGCUGGGAGAAAUAUCAAUAUGAUAUGAAUUGAAUAUGAUUGAAUGAAAUAUCAAUAUGAUAUCAAUAUCAUGUCAAUAUGAUAUGGAUCUCAGAUAUGCAGAUGACACCACCCUUAUGGUAGAAAGUGAAGAACUAAAGAGCGUCUUGAUGAAAGUGAAAGAGGAGAGUGAAAAAGUUGGUUUAAAACUCAACAUUCAGAAAACUAAGACCAUGGCAUCCGAUCCCAUCACUUCAUGGCAAAUAGAUGGGGAAACAGUGGAAACAGUGAGAGACUUUAUUUUCUUGAGCUCCAAAAUCACCACAGAUGGUGACUGCAGUCAUGAAAUUAAAAGACACUUGCUCCGUGGAAGAAAAGCUAUGACCAACCUGGACAGCAUGUUAAAAAGCAGAGACAUUACUUUGCUGACAAAGGUCUGUCUAGUCAAGGCUAUGGUUUUUCCAGUAGUCACGUAUCGAUGUGAGAGUUGGACUAUAAAGAAAGCUGAGCGCCGAAAAAUUGAUGCUUUUGAACUGUGGUGUUGAAGAAGACUCUUGAGAGUCCCUUGGACUGCACGGAGAUCAAACCAGUCAAUCGUAAAGGAAAUCAGUCCUGAGUAUUCAUUGGAAGAACUGAUGCUGAAGUUGAAACUCCAAUACUUUGGCCACCUGAUAUGAAGAACUGACUCAUUGGAAAAGACCCUGAUGCUGGGAAAGAUUGAAGGCAGGAGAAGGGGACGACAGAGGAUAAGAUGGUUGGAUGGCAUCACUGACUCGAUGGACAUGAGUUUGAGCAAGCUCCGGGAGUUGGUGAUGGACAGGGAGGCCUAGUGUGUUGCAGUCCAUGGGGUCGCAAAGAGUCAGACACGACAGAGCGACUGAAUUGAACUAGAGGCUUUUUACCAAGUGAAAAUGUUUUGUUUACCUGUGCUAUUUCUCUAUUUAGACACUAGAGGGCGCUAGUGAAAUGCUUGAAUAACUGCUCGGUUUAUAGGGAAGCCAGGUGUACUCGCAUAGAGUCGGACACCACUAAGCGACUGAACUGAACUGAAGGGCAUUUGUAUCUCUGUAUGUAUGUGUAUGCAUGUAUGAAAACACAUUUAAAAAACUCAGAAAAGACCUUUUAGAAGUUUCCUUUAAUUUUUUUAAAAUUAGUAAUCUACUAAAAUUAAGAUUAAAAGCCUAAUAAUUUCUUAAGUUUUUAAGUUCAGUUUGUAAAUCUUAUUUCUAAGUUAAGCAACAUUUAAAUAAUCAUUUUAAAUAUGUAUGAAUUUUUGGUCCCCUUUGCAAUCUUAGAUAAAUGCUUAAAUACUUUAUGUUAUAUUCAUUUUAAUUUAUUUUAUUUUAAGAACUUUAAUUAUCUGACAAACCUUCCCAAGAGCUCUAGUUUUUU